CCUUCAGUUUGAUAAUGGAGGAGAACAAUGACUCCACGGAGAGCUCCCAGCAAAGCCAAGGGAGGCAAAAUGCCAUCAAGUGUGGGUGGCUGAGAAAGCAAGGAGGCUUUGUCAAGACUUGGCAUACCCGCUGGUUUGUGCUCAAGGGGGAUCAGCUGCAUUAUUUCAAAGAUGAAGAUGAAACCAAGCCCUUGGGCACUAUUUUUCUGCCUGGAAAUAAAGUCCUUGAACAUCCCUGCAAUGAAGAAAACCCAGGGAAAUUCCUUUUCGAAGUCGUUCCGGGCGGCGACCGGGAUCGGAUGACAGCAAAUCAUGAGAGCUACCUACUCAUGGCCAGCACCCAGAAUGAUAUGGAAGACUGGGUGAGGUCCAUCCGCAGAGUCAUAUGGGGACCUUUUGGAGGCGGCAUUUUCGGACAGAAACUGGAAGACACUGUCCGUUAUGAGAAGAGAUAUGGGAACCGUCUGGCUCCGAUGUUAGUGGAGCAGUGCGUGGACUUCAUCCGACAGAGGGGGCUGAGAGAAGAGGGCCUCUUUCGCCUGCCAGGCCAGGCUAACCUCGUGAAGGAGCUGCAGGAUGCCUUUGACUGUGGAGAGAAGCCCUCAUUUGACAGCAACACGGAUGUACACACAGUGGCAUCGCUUCUUAAGUUGUAUCUCCGCGAACUUCCGGAACCAGUUAUUCCUUAUGCGAAGUAUGAGGACUUCCUGGCAUGUGCCAAACUACUCAGCAAGGAGGAAGAAGCAGGUGUUAAGGAAUUAGCAAAGCAGGUGAAGAGUUUGCCAGUGGUCAAUUACAACCUCCUCAAGUACAUUUGCAGGUUCUUGGAUGAAGUGCAGUCCUAUUCGGGAGUUAACAAAAUGAGUGUGCAGAACUUGGCAACUGUCUUUGGUCCUAAUAUUCUGCGACCCAAAGUGGAAGAUCCUUUGACUAUCAUGGAGGGCACCGUGGUGGUCCAGCAGUUGAUGUCAGUGAUGAUCAGCAAACAUGAUCACCUCUUCCCUAAAGAUGCAGAACUACAAAGCAAGCCCCAAGAUGGAGUGAGUAACAACAACAAUGAAAUUCAGAAGAAAGCCAUGAUGGGCCAGUUACAGAACAAGGAGAACAACAAUACCAAAGACAGCCCUGGUAGGAGGUGCUCUUGGGACAAGUCUGAGUCACCUCAGAGAAGCAGCAUGGACAGUGGCUCACCCACAGCUUUAUCAAGCAGCAAAACCAACAGCCCAAGGAACAGUGUUCACAAGCUGGAUGUCUCUAGGAGUCCCCCACUCAUGGUCAAAAAAAACCCAGCCUUCAAUAAGGGUAGUGGGAUAGUCACCAACGGGUCAUUCAGCAGCAGUAACGCAGAAGGUUUUGAGAAAACCCAAACCACCCCCAAUGGGAGCUUACAGGCCAGAAGGACCUCUUCACUAAAGGGGUCUGGUACCAAAAUGGGCACCCACAGUGUACAGAAUGGAACAACACGUGUGGGUGUUUUGAACACCGACACUCUGGGGAACCCUGUGAAUGGUCGAAGCAUGACCUGGCUGCCAAAUGGCUAUGUGACCCUAAGGGAUAACAAGCAGAAAGAGCAGUCUGGGGAGUCAGGCCAGCAUAAUAGACUUUCCACCUAUGACAAUGUCCAUCAGCAGUUCUCCAUGAUGAACCUUGAUGACAAACAGAGUGUGGACAGUGCCACCUGGUCCACCUCCUCUUGUGAAAUCUCCCUCCCUGAGAACUCCAACUCCUGCCGCUCUUCCACCACCACCUGCCCAGAACAAGACUUUUAUGGUGGGAACUUUGAGGACCCUGUUUUGGAUGGGCCUCCACAGGAUGACCUUUCCCACCCUGGGGACUAUGAAAACAAAAGUGACCGUAGGAGUGUGGGAGGUCGGAGUAGUCGUGCCACCAGCAGCAGUGACAACAGUGAGACAUUUGUUGGCAACAACACCAGCAACCACAGUGCACUGCAUAGUCUUGUUUCCAGCCUGAAACAGGAAAUGACCAAACAGAAGAUAGAGUACGAGUCCAGGAUAAAGAGCUUAGAACAACGAAACUUGACUUUGGAAACAGAAAUGAUGAGCCUCCAUGAUGAACUAGAUCAAGAGAGGAAAAAGUUUACGAUGAUAGAAAUCAAAAUGCGAAACGCUGAGCGCGCGAAGGAAGAUGCAGAGAAAAGAAACGACAUGCUGCAGAAGGAAAUGGAGCAGUUUUUCUCCACGUUUGGGGAGCUGACAGUGGAGCCCAGGAGAACGGAGAGAGGGAACACAAUAUGGAUCCAGUGAGGCUGCACUCUCCCGCUGUCUCCCACGGCUCUGGGAAGAACGCUGGGAUUCUGGUGGGUGUUAACGUGGGAUCAGGUGGCUGGUCACCUGGCUGUACAGAGCUCUAAUUGGUGAAGGCGUAUCAUUUACAGACAUUAAUCAUCCUUAUCUGCAAUGUGUACCAAAGUUAUAUCAUGCCCCAUAAUGCUACUGUCAAGUGUUACAACUGGAUAUGUGUAUAGAGAGUAGUUUUUAAAAAGUUAACUAAAAAUGAGGAGCUUAUUGCAAGAAUUAUUUUAUUGCAAGUCUUGUAUUUAAAAUGUCAAAUCAGUAUGUGGUUGCAAUUCAGCUUGCUUUCAAGCUUCACCUCUUGCACUUAACAUGAGCUAUUUUUGGCAUUGUGUUAUCAUCAGCUUAUUUUCUAGAUCAAUAUUUUUAUUUCCCUUUUUGCUGAAGAAAUGAAGAUAAGCAGAAAUAUAAAUAUAUAUAAAUAUAUAUAAGAUGAAUUAUUAAAAU